AGAAUCAUUUUACUAAAAUCUAUCUAACUUCAUCUAGGGUUGAUCGAUUCAACCUUAAUUUAGACCAAUGAUAGCUGCCUCGCAGUUAAAAUUAGGUUUUUUAACAUUCGUUUUAAAAAAUGGUACGUGAGUCAAUGUUUUUAUUAUUGGGCGACAGUGUGAAAUUUCGAGACAUUAUACAUUGUUUGAAAAAAAGGCUCUCAUAUUAGAAUCAUUUUACUAAAAUCUAUCUAACUUCAUCUAGGGUUGAUCGAUUCAACCUUGAUUUAGACCAAUGAUAGCUGCCUCGCAGUUAAAAUUAGGUUUUUUAACAUUCGUUUUAAAAAAUGGUACGUGAGUCAAUGUUUUUAUUAUUGGGCGACAGUGGUUUCUUGUCGAUUAUUCCAAUAGUGAAUUGUUUGAAGUGUUAAGUCUUUUUGUGACUUUACUUUUUAACCAAGUUUUAGCUCUCACAUAAUAUUUAAAAUGUUUGUCCGAUACAUGGUUUAACAAGGCAUGUUACGGCAGCACGCUUAAUGAUAUGUUAUACUUUAAAAUUUGAUAGUAAACCUGUAUCUAACUUUUUCAGCAUGGAAGCACAAACCGAAAUAGAUGAAAAAAUAAUCGAUUUCGUAAAGGGUCAAAGCAUUCUGUUCGAUAAAGCUUCUAGGAGCUACAAGAACAAUGCCCAUAAGGACCGUCUCUGGCAAAGAUUGGCCAGUGAGCUGGGCAUGGAAGUUGACAGUGUAACGAAAAGGUGGAGGACGUUAAGGGACCGCUACGCCAGAGAAGUUAAAAGAAUAGAAGAGUUAACCCGUUCGGGAGCGGAAUGCGUGGAAGACCAAGAAACAUGGGUGCUGUUUGAGUCGCUUUCCUUUUUGAAGGACCAUUUGACUAGACGAGCAACUACGAGCAAUUAUUCAAAAGAGCAGUCAUCACAAGAUAAUCUUCAAGAAGAAUUUCUGUCAGAAAGUUUCGACGAUACUCAGGAAGGAGCUACUGCAAGUGGUCCAGCGUCCUCAACCAAGCGGAAGAGAAAAGAUGACAUCGAUGCCAAAAUGAGCAACAUUUUGGAUACGUUUAUUGCGAAUGAUAACAAUCGUUACGCACAAUUCGCUCAACACGUGGCUUCUAAACUGGCCUUGCUUCCAUUGAACGUAGCCAAUCAAGUGGAAGCCAACAUCAUGCGAUUGAUUUACGACGCUCUUAUCGAGCAUACCUAA